AUGAAGUCGAAAUUGGUGCUUCUCAAACUCUUUAGUAUUGCAUUUUUAAUUCUGUGUCUUCUACCUGGACUGCUGUGUGAAAAUCUUCAGUGUUACUUUUGUUCUCCAACGCCUUUCAACAGGACCUGCAUGCAUGUCAUAUCAGAAUGUGCGCCACAGGAACUGUGCUACUCUGCUGAUGGUCGGUUUGGACGUACCUCCGUUCUGUUCACCAAGGGUUGCAUGACCAAGAGUGAUUGUGUCCGACCUAAAAAUUAUAAGAUCCGUGGAAACAAUGUAACAUUCACAUUCUCGUGCUGUGACUUUCAUUACUGUAACUCAAGUCAUUGUGUCAUAUACAGCCACAUACUCAUACUAACUGCAAUUAUUGUGAGUAUUUCUGUGGUGGGUUGGAGUUGACUUGACUUGUAUAUUGAUGGAAGAAGCAAGG